AUGAACCCAGCAAGCAUCACUAUUUGGCCUUUCCAGCUAACAGAUGCCGACGACGUACUUUUAUGGGCCGGCGAUGACCGGAUUAUCCGGUUAUUCCGGUGUUAUACUCUGACCUCUAAAGAAGAGGCCUUAACAUUCAUCACAGAAGUCUGCAUGUCUCACCCUUGGUUCAAAUCAAUAUGUAUCGACGACCGGUCUAUCGGAUUCAUAUCGGUUUCUCCGGCCACCGGAGAUGAUCGGUGCAGGGCGGAUUUAGGGUAUGCAAUAGCAGUGCAAUAUUGGGGGCAAGGAAUAACUACAAGGGCUGUGAAAAUGGUGCUUUGUUAA